AUGUAUAUAACAUUAAGUAAAGUUAUUCCAAAAAUUAAAAAAAUAAUAUUUAAUUUGGCAGAUGAAACAUUAAUAUUAUCAGAUAAUACUCUGUUUUUGGAUGAAAACACCGUGUUUAGGUUGGAAGAUGAAGAAGUACAACCUAUUAAUUUUGAUGAUAAAGAAGUUAUAAUUUUAUUAGAUCUAUAUUACAAAGAUUUGGAUUUUCUAGAUGAUGAUUCAGAAAAGCAACUAAUUAUUCAAAAGCUUUAUAAUAAAUUCAGUGAACUAGAAGAACAAGCAUCUGAAUUAUCCAUAUGUCUAACUUUACCUAAUACAGAACCUGCAAUAUAA